CGGCGGCGGUGCGAUGGGCAGCCCGGCGGCGGGCUGGGCCGCGGCCCCCGCCAAGCGCGCGCGGCGCCAAGGCUCGGCUGAGGGGCCCGGCGGCCCCGCUGCCGACGGCGACCCGCGGCUGUGGGACACGGAGCGGCUCUGCCAGCACCUCUCGCGCAGCGGCUUGGGCGAGCCCAGCCUGCUGCGCCGCUUCCGAGAGAGCGGCGUCACCGGGGCCAUGCUGCUGGACCUGCCCGCCUGCGCUCUGGAGGUUACGCGCGUCUGCCUCCCAGCUGAGAGAUUGAAGGUGCUUGCCUGCCUGAACAAACUGAGACAGGCAGUGGACGUAAUGAAGGUUUUUAAUGAUCCAGUUCAUGGGCAUAUUGAAAUGCACCCUCUUCUUGUUCGCAUCAUUGACACACCUCAGUUUCAGCGCCUGCGAUACAUUAAGCAGCUGGGUGGCACUUACUUUGUUUUUCCAGGAGCCUCUCACAACCGCUUUGAACACUCUUUAGGGUAAGGUAACAUAGUCUUGUAUGCAUGUCUCUUGUAUUUGUAUUUCCCUGAGAUUGGCUCCACUGGUGUAGAGUACCAGCCAAGGUACAUUACUUACCUUUGAGGGUUUAUGAAGACUGUUGUGGUGGCAUAUUCUGUCACAUGGAUCUUUCUGUUUAUCCUUCGUGAUUAUAGGCUGUUCUCUUGGACUUCAUUUACUAAAGAGAGAUAAAGAAACUCCCAAUAUGGAUCAAUGCUUUCCACCUUUCUUUUCCUUCUGGUAAUGCUAAUUAGAGGCUGUGAGUUCUGUAUGUUCUCCCCAGCUGAAAAUUGAGUUUAAAAGCAUAAGCCUGGGAAGAGUACUGAGGCUGCUAUAAAUUACCUGUCAGAUCCUCUUAGAUUUCCCAGAACA